CUUUUCCUCAUCUACUACACCAAACUCUCGUCCACUACCUUACUGACUCCCCAGUCAGACACUCUUCUACAGACAGCCUUUGGUCUUCGCAAAGGCACUCCGCGCACCACGGCCCCGUUGGCCAGUCACUGCUUUAUUCUUCAAAUUGCCUCUGCUCGCCCACACCCCGAUAUUAUCAACACCCAACCUCCCCCGCCUGUUGCCAGCUUCCAUCGACCUCAAGCGUCUUCUUUUCGACCUUGAUCAACCCGAACCCCUCGUCUCCUCCCAACCUAAGCUGCCGAAUAGCCGCUCUUUGUGGUUCUUCCUCCUUGAGGAAGAAUCGAGGGGCCCUCGCCACACCAGUCUCGGAUUUGAAAGCUUCCGUCCGCCAUAACAUUGCUCUUGAGAAGCCGAUAAUUCAAUUCCUAUAUCCCUGGGCCUUGUCUCCUGGGAAUGGCACCUUCUGCUUUCACGAUUGCUGAAGAAUAUACGUCGUGUCUGAAAACAGUCUCAUCUGUAGACGCCAACUUUGUUCAUGCCGACAAUCAUGGCGGUCAUGUUGCAAGCAAUCUGAUUGGAGAUGCUUUGAAAGCUCGAGUAGAAUCUGUUAAUCAGGAUACGUGUGGCGCAGGGGAAGAGGAUGCGUUCUUCGUCGCUGACCUCGGCGAGGUCUACCGUCAGCACAUCCGAUGGAAGAAGAACUUGCCAAGAGUCAAGCCGCAUUAUGCUGUAAAGUGUAACCCGGAUCCGCAAGUCCUUCGCCUCUUAGCCGAGCUCGGCACUGGCUUUGAUUGUGCUUCCAAGGCGGAGAUUGAACAGGUCCUGAAGAUGGGCAUCGAUCCUUCCCGCAUCAUCUACGCGCAACCUUGCAAGACGAAGUCUUACGUUCGGUAUGCCGCCCAGCAUGGAGUCAAGCAGAUGACGUUUGACAAUGCCGAUGAGUUGUACAAGACCAAGCAGCUCUUCCCUGAAGCAGAGCUGUUUCUUCGGAUCCUGACAGACGACUCUGCCAGCUUGUGUCGUCUGAGCCAGAAAUUCGGUGCUUCCCUUGACAGCACUGCAGACCUACUCGAGUUGGCUAAGAAAUUGGAGCUCAACGUUGUUGGUGUCGCCUUCCACGUGGGAUCCGGUGCCUCUGACCCCAAGGCAUUCCUCAAGGCUGUUCAAGAUGCCAGAUUCGUGUUCGGUCAGGCUGCCUCGAUCGGCAUCGAGAUGCACACCUUGGACGUUGGUGGAGGUUUCUGCGGAGACACUUUCGAACCCAUGGCCGAGGUGCUUUCCGAAGCUUUGGAUGUGUAUUUCCCACCGCACAUCCGUGUCAUUGGCGAGCCUGGUCGAUACUACGUUUCUACAGCCUUCACCAUUGCAUGCCAUGUCAUUGCACGCCGUACUGUUGCGGAUGCGACCUUAGGAACGACAUCGUACAUGCUGUACCUCAAUGAUGGAGUCUACGGAAACUUUUCCAGUAUCAUCUUUGAUCACCAGAACCCGGUGCCACUUGUCCUUAACUGCGGCAAUCGAUUCUUGUAUGACACUCGGCGCUCUGGCUAUGAUACUCCUACCGUCACCGAGUACUCCAUCUGGGGCCCGACUUGUGAUGGCAUAGACGUCAUUUCUCAAUCCUGCACCUUCCCCGAAACUAUAGAUGUAGGGGAUUGGCUCUACUUUGAGGACAUGGGAGCAUAUACUAAAUGCUCCGCUACGCGCUUCAAUGGCUUCACUGACAGCCACGACAUUGUCUACGUCUCUAGUGAACCUGGUGCGACUGCAUUGUUGGGACUCUGAACAUAAUUUAAAAAUAGACUAUAGACGGCGGUGGCUUGCCCUGAUAGAUUUGGUCGCUUUUCCUUAGAUAUAUUUCUAUGCUGUAUAAAAAUAACUACACUCGUUUAGC